CCAAAAGUGUUCAAUAUCAGCGCGACGCAGUAUUGCGUAUUGCGCGCAAGAAUACAGAACGCGAGACGGCAAGCAAACAAUUCAUGAAAAAACUGGCUAGGAAGCAAGCGAGCUGGUGAACAUUAUGCAAACAAUUCAUCUUCGAGCUGCGUGGUAAACAUGAAUGGUGACAACUGUGGGCAGGCUUUUCGGCCGGUGUUUUGAUGCGAGUUUUGUGCAGUUUUGAUGCCCAUGGCUUUUCAGUGACCUAGCAAAACAAAAGCGCAGAAAUGUCUGAGCGGAAAAAGCGAAAAUGCUACAUGGAGCCCGGGGCACCAUUCGUAAUACCACGGCAAACUCUUCACAAUCGGAGAAAAAGAGCCGCACACAAUGCUGCAAACGGAAAUGCGGAUGCUUCCAAGGAACUACAGCAGCCUUCCUUGGCACUGGAGAUGGCUGAGCCCGCUUCUGAGACAGGCACUGAGCAGGAAAAUGAGAAUCAUGGGACAUCACCCCAUUGUAGUGACCAUACCCCAGAUCAAGAGGAAAGUGUUGAUCCCAUGGACUCAGGCACUACAGAUGUCGGCGUUGCUGUUAGCGAUGACACACUCAGUGAACACAGUGCUUUUGAAGAUGAUUUUGACAUUGAUGAUACUGCUUCUGAGCCGUAUGAGUCAUCUGAACCUGACACGGACCCUGAAGAUUGUUUUCAUGAAGACUCUGAGGAUGACAACAUCGACAUUGCUGAAUUUAUGGAAGAGUACUCAGGGACUCUGCCACAUCAAACGACGACAAAAGCGCAAGCCCUACUACUUAUUCUGACCUUUGUUGUCACUGCUGGUCUCUCUUGGACUCAGGCGGAUGGACUUCUUAAAUUGAUUAAUGCACUGCUCGGAGACAAGGUGCUACCAAACAGCAAGUACAUGCUGCGUAAGCUUUGGAAUAAGAACAAAAGAGGCAUUCUGGAUCUCCAUUAUCUGUGUGAGGCGUGUGAAGCUGUGCUUGCGCAAUCAAGCAAAACAACAGAGAAAUCACUGACAUGUCACAUAUGCAGCACUAAGUAUGACGUGGCAGAUCUUACAGCAGCUGGUAGUUUCUUUGCCAUUUUGAACAUAAAGGGUCAGCUGCAGUCACUGCUGAAACGUUUUUCACGUUGUAUCCUGGAGAAUACGAGGAAAAUACGUUCAAGACUGUCAUCAUCGGAACUGUGUGACAUCACUGAUGGCAGCUACUACAAAAAUCUCCAAACGAGCGUCAACUGCCAAGACAUGGACCUGACCGUUACUUUAAAUAGUGACGGCUCCCAAGUUUUCAAGUCAACAGCGUCAUCUCUGUGGCCCAUCCAACUCAUGCUGAAUGAACUCCCGCUACCUUCGCGGUGGCAUAACAUUAUUGUCGCAGGCCUAUGGUUUUCAAAAGCACAUCCAAACAUGCUACUAUUCCUCAAGGCUUUUGUUGACAAAUUCAACGAUAUGGGCCCAAUUCCAUGGAGGAACUUCCACACCGGUGAAAUGAUUCUGUCAACCAUCCGUGCAGUGGCCUGUGUUGUUGACGCACCAGCGCGGGCCAUGGUGUUAAACCGGAAACAGUAUAAUGGCUAUGAUGGGUGUACAUGGUGUUACCACCCCGGGAAGUAUGUGGACGGAAGUGUGCGCUACCCGUACAAGGAGAGCAUGAGGGUUAGAACCCACAAAGAGGUACUCCGUGAUAUGAAGAAGGCUACUAUCCUUGGGACUACAGUAAACGGCAUCAAAGGGCUCAGUCCAGUUAUCCAGCUGAAGGGACUCAACCUCGUACGCAGCAUUGCACCUGAUUACAUGCACUGUGCAUUAGAAGGUGUCAUAAAGCAGUUCACAGAAUGCUGGCUCACGGAUUCCUCAGCUGGGUGCUACAUCGGUGGACAACUACAUAUUCUGAACUCUCGAUUACGCACAAUAUGUCCUCCAAUUUGCUUCUCACGGCUACCAAGGCCACUUACGGAAAGAGCUAUGUGGAAGGCAUCAGAAUGGAAAUGUUGGCUGCUUUACUAUUGUGCACCAUGUGUCAUGGAUGUCCUUCCUGAACGUUUUCUGAAUCACUUUUCUUUGCUGUGUGAGGCCAUUUUUCUACUCCUCAAGCACACCAUUCAACACUCUGAUAUUUCUAAGGCGGAGCUGCUGCUUGAACGUUUUGUUAGAGAAACCGAAACUUUGUACACACAGGGAAUGUGCACAUAUAAUGUGCAUCAAUUGUUGCAUUUGCCUGAAACUGUAAGGGACCUAGGUCCUUUAUGGGCAGUCUCAAUGUUCCCAUUCGAGUCUAAGAAUGGGAACAUCAUUCAGCAAGUCACUGCAGCCAACAGUGUUCCACUUCAGAUCGCUGAAAGGUGUGCAAUGCGUUGGAAGCUUUUUGAUUUGACAGACAGUGUACAACUUCCUAGCAACUUGCAUAUUUUUCGUGGACCUGUUACAAAGACAGUAUGCAAUAUGGUUCUAGGGCGUGAUCAGUCGCCACUUGGUAUUCCCCAUGCAGUGCAGCAGCUGUUAAGCCAACAUACUGAACACGUCAACCUCAAACGAUACCUCAGGGCCUCUGUGAAAGGUGUCAUCAUUCACAGUGUUCAGUACAAACGCACAAAGAGGACGUGCUCAAGAGUUGUGAAGUCCUCCUUUGGGACAUACUGUGAGGUCCAGAUGAUCUUGAAAGCAGCACACAGCAAUAAGAUCCUGUUUGUUUGUAGUGAACUCAUCAUUGGAAGUGCCCCGUUCCCAAUCAACCACAUUAUGAAAUGCGAUUUCCCACCUGAAGGUGAGAACAUCUGUCUUCUUGAGGAUGGGGACAUAGAUUGUGUUUGUGUGUUCAUGAAGGCAGACUCGAUGUUUGUUAGUGAGCUGCCAAAUACCUUCGAAAUCGAAUAAGUAAGAUUUCGAAGGCCACUUUUGCUCAUUUGGCAAAGAAGCCACCUGCGAUAACAUAUUUACACUUGUCACAGAGUUAAACACAGCUUGCUACCAUAGGCAGAAUGCCUUAUGUAAUUCAUAGAGGGAGAACUGCAUGUCCAUUUGUGUGCACCGUUCCUGUUAAGCGUGCCAGGGUUCGUGUAAUAUAUGUAUGUAUGUAUAUAUAUAAGUUGAAAUAAACCAAUGUGGUUGACCACCAAGGUAUUCAAUAAAGAUCAGAAGAGACGGUGCUUCUACAGGACAAGGAAUAAAAGGGGAACUUUAUUAAAA